AAAAGAGAGAGAGAGAAGGAAAGAGAGAGGUGUUGCUUUUUAGCCAGUGGUGUUUGCACAGUAAGGAAGGCACAGAAAGUGUGCCGAAAAAAAAAGGAAGAAAGAAGGAGAGAAAAAGAAGGAAAGGUCUGUUCACAGCGCCUGGGAACUGACAAAGAUUUGAGGUUCUUUAAGGAAACAAAGGAGGAGAUCGUACGGUGUCAGGGCAGGACGUGGUAGAAGGAGGGAAGAAAAGAAAAGAGGAGGAGAGAAGAGAGAAGAAAGUUUUCUUCGUCAAAGAGCAGAAGCGUAGCCGGUCUCUCUGGGCUGGACUGGAUGAAAGCAGGCGUCUGGACGCUCGGGUAGAUGUGAUCGACUUCACCAUGCGGAGUGAUCCUAUUCUGUUCGCAUCUCGGGCGAUGGAGGAGCUGGUGGCGGAGCUGAGGAUCUUCUUGGAGCUGUUGGACCGAGAGUAUUUGAGCGCCGCAGUGCGAGAGAAGAAAGUGCAGAUCUCCAACAUUCUACACAGAGUCCUGUCUGCUAAAGAGUCUUCCUAUAAGGUCGAGUUCCACAGCUCUCUUCCUGCCCCGCCUCAGAUGCCCCUCCCUGAGAUUCCACAUCCAUGGCUGCCUCCUGAUAAUGGACCACCACCUUUACCCAGUUCCUCUCUUCCUGAGGGCUACUAUGAGGAAGCCGUGCCUCUGGGUCCUGGGAAAGCCCCGGAAUACAUCACCUCCCAGUACGACUCAGAUGCCAUGAGCAGCUCGUACGAGUCGUAUGAUGAGGAAGAGGAGGAUGGGAAAGGACAGAAGAUGCGCCAUCAGUGGCCCUCGGAGGAGGCGUCUAUGGACUUAGUGAAGGACGCUCGCAUCUGUGCUUUUCUUCUGCGCAAGAAACGCUUCGGACAGUGGACCAAACUUCUCUGUGUCAUCAAGGACAACAAACUCCUCUGCUAUAAGUCAUCUAAAGACCAGACUCCUCAGAUGGAGCUCCUCCUGUCUGGCUGCAGUGUCACUCACAUCCCCAAAGACAGCAAGAAGAAGAAACAUGAGCUGAAGAUUGUCCACCAGGGGGCAGACGCUCUGGUGCUCGCAGUGCACAGUAAAGAGCAGGCUGAAGAAUGGCUGAAGGUGAUGAGAGAGGUGUGUGCUAACGGGAACGGAGCAGUGGACUCUGACGGAGCCGUGACCGGAUCUAACAAAGCCGAGCUGGAGAAGAAGUUGUCCUGUGACAGACCGAGUUCUGAUGGAGAGCCCAGUCAUGAAAACGGAAUCUCGGAUGGAAAAGAGACAGAUAAAGCACUCGCCAUCGUUACAUCUAAAGGAAAGAAGAACGCUAAGACCGAACAGAAAGGCACGGUGGGGAAGGUGGCAGGGAAGAAAAUCACUAAGAUCAUCAGCCUCGGGAAGAAGAAACCGUCCACAGACGAACAGACCUCGUCGGCAGAGGAGGACGUCCCGACCAGCGGAUAUCUGAACGUGCUGUCCAACAACCGCUGGAGAGAGCGCUGGUGUCGGCUGAAGGAUAACCAGCUGUUGCUGCAUAAGGACCGGGAGGAUCUGAAGACCCACAUGGCCUCGCUGCCCCUGCGUGGGUGUGAGGUCAUCCCCGGGCUGGACUCCAAACACCCGUUUGCUUUUAGACUGCUGAGGAAUGGACAGGAAGUGGCUGUGCUGGAGGCCUCAUCCUCUGAGAGAAUGGGUCGGUGGUUAGGUGUGUUACUAGCAGAGACGGGCUCUACGACAGACCCUGCCACUCUACACUACGACUACAUCGAUGUAGAAACGACUGCCAACGUCAUCCAGCUGGCGAAGCAGUCGUUCUGUUUCACCAGUAAACGUGCCAUUUCCCCAAACCCCUACCUGGACAACCCUCUGAACGGUUACGCUCGUCCCUCAGGUGUCGCGCUGCACUACGAUGAUGUGCCCUGUAUUAACGGAUCGGUAUGGUUUCACACACAUAAGGACCCUCAGCUCGGUUCUCCUGAGGCUCACUAUGAGAACGCUGAGCUCUAUGAGAGCAUGCCUUCCCCCAAACUGGAAACCCGCUCUUCGUCCAAACUGAGCUGGCCACCAGCUUCCUCUGGCCAUUACAAAACGCCUGUCUCUUCUUCCUCAGCUUCCUCUUCCUCCUCUCAGAUGAAGGGAAAGAAAGCCACGACUGUCAACGGUUUAGCUGCCAAACAGAAGCUGGAUAAGAACCAACCCAAAAAGCCCAACGGAACCAACGGCUCUGCUCCAAUCAAAUGCAACAAUUCGAGUGUGGAUCAGUAUAAAUACGGGAAGAACAGGGUGGAAGCGGACGCUAAGAGGCUUCAGACGAAAGAGGACGAGCUGAUGAAAAGAAAGCAGGAGAUUCGUAACCGUCUCACACAGCUGAAGAAAGACAGGAGAGAUCUGCGCACGGCCAUCGAGAACAGCACCGGUAAGCGCUCUCAGGCUUCGCUGACAGAGCGGCUGAAGAAAGUAGAGGACGAGUGUAGGCUGAAAGAGGAGGAGCGAGUGAACUUGGAGCUGGAGCUGACUGAGGUGAAGGAGAGUCUGAAGAAGGCUCUGAGUGGAGGCGUGACUCUCGGACUGACCAUCGAACCCAGGACCAGCAGCUCCAGUCCACAGUCUCCAGUGUUGAUCAGACGUACAGUGGACAAUUCGCCCAUCUCCAGCUGUGACACCAGUGACACAGAGACCUGCUCGCUGCCGGUCAACAGCGCCUCCUUACUGCGACGCCAAGUACCACAGAAAAACCCUCCAGUACGAGGCCAUGUGCUCAGGAAGGCCAAGGAAUGGGAGAUGAAAUCUGGCACGUAAACUUUCAGCCCCUUUUAUUAUUAUUGUUCUUGUUUCCUGUUUGUUUGUUUGUAUUUAUUGAAAUUUGCAUACAGUAGAAAUUAAAAAGGAAGGGACUGAAGCAGAGACGCAUGACAGGACAGAAGACAUGUGUGUGUGAGAUCAGGACGUGUGACAGGAGCUCGCUGUCCUGCAGUGAGUGGAGAUUAAACCCUUACAGGCUCAGAAUCUUUUGGCUUUCGGUUUUUGUUUGUUUCUCAGCGUUCUCGGGUCUCCUAGCAACCGGCCGACAAUUUAUAGGAAAAAAAACACACAUUGAAAGUAUUUAUUUGUAAAUGUUUAAAUGCAAAAGCUUCUGUGUGUGUGUGUGUGUGUGUGUGUGUGUGUGUGUGUGUGUGUGUGUGUGUGUGUGUGUGUGUGUGGUUUAUAUUUAAAGCUUUUUACAGCAGUUUAUUUGGCCUCAUGACAGGUCAAGUUUUUUUUUUUUUUUUGCUUUUAUGGUUUUAAUUCGUUUUUAGUAUUAAGUGACACCUUGUACACAAGCCAAGGAAAAGCUGAGCUUCCUGAUCGUUUAAAUUAAGCCAAAUAUACAGUAUACCAGAGAAGAGGAAGUUGGAGGCGAGGCAGGUUGAGGGCGAAGCAUUUUAUGUGAAACAACUUGCUUGAAAAAGUUUGAAACAAAACGUCUGGAUUUAAAGACGUCAGGAAUAAAACAUCUAAAAGGUCUCAUUCUCUUAGACAACAUCUACUGUAUGUUUACAGUUAACUCUGAGGUAACUAGUAGUCCUCACUGACUCUCUUCCUCUCCUCACCGACUCUCUUCCUCUCCUCACCGACUCUUUUCUUGUCCUCACUGACUCUUUUCCUGUCCUCACUGACUCUCUUCCUGUCCUCACUGACUCUUUUCCUGUCCCCACUGACUCUCUUCCUAGCCUCACUGACUCUCUUCCUGUCCUCACUGACUUUCUUCCUGUCCUCACUGACUCUCUUCCUGUUCUCACAGACUCUAUUCCUGUCCUCACUGACUUCCUCUCCUCACUGACUCUCUUCCUCUCCUCACUGACUGUCUUCCUCUCCUCACUGACUCUCUUACUGUCCUCACUGACUGUCUUCCUGUCCUCACUGACUCUCUUCCUGUCCUCACUGACUCUCUUAAAGUCCUCACUGACUCUCUUCCUCUCCUUUACCAACGAAACCCUAGUGUUACAUAAAGCUUCAUAGCUGCUGUUAAGGAAAAUGAAUCCUCACUUUCUGACCAAUCAGAAUCCAGCAUUCAGCAGCGCUGAGGCUUAACGUUUAAAAUCUGAUCCGCUGGUUAAAAAAACAUUUUCCUAGUUUGCUCUGCUUCCGCUGUCGCCAUGGAGACCGGCGUUCAGACGGCCUGCCUCCGAACCGUCCGUGUGGCCGUCUGAUCUGAAAGCGGGACGUUCGGCGUUGUCGCCGUAUCGCGGUGACGACACUGCGUUUGUUUUUGUUUCACCGGUGCAGUCGAGUCCCUGCCUCUCCUCCUGAGUCUGAGGGCAACAAAGCAACACGGUGCUUCAUAUACAAACAAAUAAUAAGCCUUUUUUUUAGACUACUGCCAGCGUACUCGCACCUGAGGCACAUUUAUUCCUAUUGUCCAUACACAGCUUUACAAUUGUUUAUUUAACAAACACAUUUUAGUCUGUGGAAGCAAAUGUAAAUAUGUUCACUGCUGUGAGACUGCAGUCGAGAGGAAACCUGCUCUUCAUCCUCUCGCAGGAAUCACAGUCACAUCACAGCCAUGUUUCUUUCAGACGAGUAAACGACUUCUCUCCGUCUCUCCGUCCGAAGAGUCGCAUCAGGAGACCGGCGACGUCGGAAAUACACGUGAUCUGUUAUGAGUGGUGCUGCAGUGGGAAGGGUCAAAGGUUAAGAGUUAGGGUUUUGGGGUGGGGUGGGGGUGGGGGGUUUAGAAAAAAAAAGUUUUUUUGCACCUUAAAGACUUUUUCUACUUUGUGUUUAUUUUGUAUCUGACUGUUGCUGACUCGGCAACUAAAACGCUGUACACACAAAUAAAACUGCAUUCAGACCUGA